AAAAGAAAACGUCAUCGAAGCUCAACAACUUCACAGAGGAAGUAUUUUGGUCGAACCGUGGCAGCAAGUAAGGUCCCGCCAUCCCAAAAUCUACAAUGUCAGAUCUAGCACCACCCCUAUCCAAUCCCGCCGCUGAUCCCUACGGCUAUCUUGAUCUGACACACCAUCCCGACGGCACAAUCACGCGGAAGGCCAGCAGCAUCCCGACCAUCUCAUUCGCACCUGAUCUCAGCCAUUCCUCUCCGGUUCUCUUCAAAGACAUCCCAAUCAACCAAUCAAAAAACAAUUUGGCUCGCGUAUUCGUGCCUCGAGAAACACUCGAUUCUACUUCCACAAACGCACCACUCCCUCUAAUCUUGUACUAUCAUGGCGGCGGGUUUGUUAUCACAACUGCAGCUACAUGCUUGUCUCAUGAUUUUUGUUUUAACAUUGCCUUACAACUCUCUGCCGUGGUUAUCUCCGUCGAUUACCGCCUAGCCCCUGAGCACCGCCUGCCUGCAGCCUAUGAUGACGCCAUGGAAGCGUUGCACUGGAUUAAAACCGCCGACGACGAUUGGCUGAGAAAACAUGCUGAUCUUAACAACUGUUUCGUCAUGGGCACCAGUGCAGGUGCUAACAUUGCCUACCAUGCCUGUUUAGGUGCAGUUACACAAGUCAACGAUCUUUUGCCUUUGAAGAUCAAGGGGUUGGUAUUGCAUCACCCAUUUUUUGGUGGGGUUAAGAGGACUGAAUCGGAGUUGAGAUCGGUCAACGAUGCAGUUUUGCCUCCUGCUGUUAGUGAUUUGAUGUGGGAACUUUCAUUGCCAAUAGGAGUUGACCGCGAUCACGAGUAUUGCAAUCCAACCGCGGGAGGAGGGUCAAAGAUGUUGGAUAAGAUGGGAUUGCUGGGUUGGAAAGUAUUGGUGACGGGGUGUGAUGGGGACCCGCUGAUUGAUCGUCAAAUUGCGGUGGCGAAGAUGAUGGAGGAGAAGGGUGUACAAGUGAAGAGUCAUUUCAGUGUCGGAGAUUACCAUGGUGCGGAUCUAGUGGAUCCGUCCAAGUCCACGGCGCUGUUCAUCGCAUUAAAAAGCUUUUUAAUGUCUCCAAUGGCAGAUUAAGAUAUCUAUUUUGCUUCGCAUUGGUUAUUUGCGAUGUUUCAAAUUUCAGUGGGUUUGAUUUGUAAGUUCUUUCGGUUUACAUGUCGUCGUGAUGUUUCAUGUUUCAUUUGGACUUGAAUGAAUAAAUUGGAAAUUAGUUACGGCAUUUAUCAAUAAUCGCUUUUCAAUAA